AUGUGGGUCCUCUUAGACGUGAUCCUAUUCGAGUGCGCUGGAUACCGCGAAGCCCAGAACGACAGGUACCUCAUCCGCGACCUCGCUAUCGCGUUUGCCCACGCCCGAACCAUGUUCAUCAUCAACCACCGUACCAACAACCUCAGACACCCCGGCGACGUCUAUAUCCAGCACCACAAGCUCCACACACCCCUGGGGCUUCGAGAAUACAUGCGCCAGCUCCAGCGUGGCAAUCAUGCCUAUUUCCCCUACCCGACUCCUGUCCGGUGCAGCGCCGUGGAUGCCAAUGGAAAUGCUCAGGAGGAUCAUGUGUCGUUGCCGGCUUGUUCGAGUGGUGAGGUGACUGAUUUCUUGCGGAAUUAUUCGGAGAAUGUCCCGAAUGCUUUCCAUGAUGAUAUCGCGGCGGUAGUGCUGUACCUCAGGAACAACUGUUGGAGGAAUCGGAAGGGUUCUGGAGGUGAAAGUGCAGAGCUGUCGGUAGGCGGGGUCUUGGGCGUGACAAAGUAUUCCAAGGUUCACAAUGCGAUCAAGCGACGCAAGGCAGGACGACAACAGGCUCGUGAGUUUGAGCGACAGCAGGCCGCAGCGAGGCAUCGUCAACAGCUGGCUCAGGAGGAGGCGAGACGGAAGGCCGAGAAACAGAAACAGGAACGGGCGCGUAAGGAGGAGGAGAAUGAGGCGAGGAAGGCACGUGCUAUGGAUGUGGAGACGGCCGAGAAGCUUCGACUACAGCAGUUGAUUGACGAUGCCCGGUAUGGGAGCAUUACACGGUACCUGGAAGAACUCAAGCUCCAGGCGGCGACUGAGGAGACCCGGCAAGGAGUCGAAACUCUCCGAAAGAACCUCGAGACAACCCUUCGCGCUAAUACCCAUCUGGAGAAUCUCGAGGUUUGCCUCUUUGGAUCCUUCGAGUCGGGUUUGAGCACGCUCACCAGCGACGCCGAUUUCACAGUAUACAAUUUUGUGAGCACUAGCGGCAAGCUCAUCCACGGACUGGCUGGUAUCCUCCGCGCAGCAGGGUACGGACCCAUCACGACGAUCCCCAGUGCCCGCGUCCCCAUCGUCUCCUUUGUCAAAAACAACAUUAGCUGCGACAUGAGCAUUAAUCAGCCGAUGGGUGUCUUCAACUCACAGCUCAUCCGCGCCUAUCAAAGGAUCGACAGUCGGUUCCUGGGACUCUGGUUCGGUCUCCGCUCGCUGGCAGAGAAACACGGCAUCUUGGGCGGCAACAUGAGAUACUUGUCCUCUUAUGCGCUGACGAUGAUGUUGAUCGUAUUCCUCCAGGACGUCACCACCCCACCAAUCCUCCCAAGACUCCAACAACAAGGCGCACACAGGAUGUUCGCCUCCCUAGUUGACGGACUCGUUUGCGCCUAUGACCAGAAACCCAGGAACUACACCGCCUUGGCAUCCAAGAACACCAAAUCCGAGGGCCAACUACUGACAGAGUUCUGUCAGUACUUUGGGUACACAUUCGACUACCUGAAACAGGAAGUCAACCCUCGCUUUGGAAUCAUUAGGAACCGUAGCGUCGCAACACCCCCACGGAGUAAUAUGGACACUCGACCCAAGGACUGGUCGGUGUGUAUUCUGGACCCGUUUAUCCCGAGCAGGAAUGUUGCUGGCAACUGUCGCCAUAACCAUGCGGCGGAUAUCCAGCAGGCUUUUCGAUCUGCGGGUGAUGCCCUCAAAGUCUGCAACAUUGACAAGGCGUUCAAAAGAUAG